GGCCAUGCGUUCGCGGCCAUGUGUACCAACGCCACAGCACUUGUGAAUCUGUUUGCAACGCCGAUUGCUCUGGAGAACAUCGUGUGGACCACAUAUGAUAUCUGGUUGAUUUCGUUUGCCUUGGGGGGGGGGGGGGCAUAUUAUUAUUUCUUAAUGGUCGAGACGGGGCCAUAA